CCUAAUUUCAUCAUCGUUGUCGUAGCAUUCUCCUCUGUCUCUCUCGCGAUACGUAAGGCAUUUCUAGUACUAUCCUUUGAAUCCUCUUUAACAUAUCUUGUUUGUUGUUUAAUAGCUUCGACUUCCUCCUCUUCGUUAGCUACACCGCCUCCCUCGCCUUCCUCAUCUAUACCCUCAUAAGCUGAUUGAUUGAUUCCACCGCCGUAAUUUCUAGCAGAUCUAGGUGCACCACUGAAUAAUUCAUUCCUCGCUGUGUCAUUGCCAUCAUCUACUGUGGUAUAACUUGGUGGACGUUGACCAUACACGCUAGAUUGAUCAUCUUGCUGUGCAUUAGCAUCUCCACCUAGUAAUUCAUUCCUCAUUCUAUCAUCAGCGGUCUGUGGGAUAUGCUUUUGAGCUGAACGUUUAAACCAUGACAUCUUGAUAGUCGACAGUCAAGAGAUGAGACUGCAGUUUAUUGAUAUCGCUCUCAAUCUCACUGAUAGCAUGUUUAGAGGUGUAUAUCGUUCACCCAAACAAACCCACCCAGAUGACCUAAAGAAUGUAUUAGAUAGGGCGAGAGACGUUGGCGUUGUAUCUGCUAUUCUCACAGGUGGUAGUCUCUCUGAAAGCAAGGAGGUUCAUGCCUUAGCGGAGGAGUUGGAUGGCUUCUAUUCUACUGCUGGAUUACAUCCUACUCGAUCUAAUGAAUUUAAUGAGUCUUUUAUCAAUGAUUUAGAAGCUUUUAUAAAAGCUAAUAGAUUUCCGGGAACUUCAAACGGUAGAGUUGUCGCACUCGGAGAAUGUGGAUUAGACUGGGAUAGACUGCAUUUUAGUGACAAACCAACUCAGAUAAAAGCAUUCACUGAACAACUCAAGCUCGCUCAAAAGUUGAACAUACCACUCUUUUUACAUUCAAGAAACUGUCAUGACGAUCUAGUCCAAACUAUCAAAUCAGCAUGUGGUGACAACUUACCUAAAGGAUGUGUACACAGCUUCACAGGAAGCAUUGAUGAAAUGCAAGAAUUGGUUUCUCUUGGUUUCUACAUCGGUUUAAAUGGAUGUAGUCUCAAAACGGAAGAUAACUUGGAUGUAGCUAAAGCUAUUCCUCUUGAUAGACUCAUGGUCGAGACUGAUGCACCAUGGUGUUCAGUCACCUCAACUCACGCGUCAUAUCCACACCUUGAAACACUUCCAGAUGAAUACAAAUUACCACCUGCGGUCAAGAAAGAAAAAUGGUCGGCGAAUGCACCUGUGAAGAGUAGGAAUGAACCCGGUUUUACUCCUGCUAUUGCACACAUCAUUGCAUCCGCUAAAAAUGUUCCACUUGAUACUGUUGCUGAAGUUGCUUAUCGCAACACUCGCGAGCUGUUCCAGUUAUGAUGUGUUUGUAUAUUUAUUACAAUAAUAGAAUGGCAUU